AAGACGUGAGGACUGCAGUUCAUUGUAAUGAAAGAAUAAUAAUCGAAAAAAGUGGGCUGGCUUCCCUUUGCUUUUCUCGCUGUGGAUGCGGGGGUGGUCUUGGUGGAGGGGACUGUGGCACGAAGUACCCAUCUCUCCUCCCCUUUUUCGGUCUCCCCUCCAAACCAUUCUAUUCUCUAGCUCAGGGUCCCGUGUGUUAUUAUUACGUGUGUGUGCACAAAACAGUGUUUGCUUACGAUGGGGCUGGGGGAAGUUCCUGGCAGAACAAAGUCUGAUUAUUUGGUCGUCUUUCUUCCCAGAGAAGAAAAGAAAGAAAAGAAAAAAAAAAUCCUUGGGUCAUCACAGCCUACACUCACUCCGCUGGAAUAAUCUCCAUAUGCUUUAACUCCAAUUCCCAGUGGAAAUGUUAUUCUUUGGGGCCAUUUGGUUGGUGAGACUGAAUGUAAUUUUAAGUCUGUUUUGUUUUUCUUCCAAGACUUUACAAAGAGUGGCGAUGAAGACGAAACUGAACGUCCACAGCAUGCAGUUGCUGCUUCUUGUUUUCUUGGUGUGGGACCCAGCCAGGUUGGUGCUGGCUAACAUCCAAGAAGAUGAGGCUAAAAAUAACAUUACCAUCUUUACAAGAAUUCUAGACAGACUUCUGGAUGGUUACGAUAAUCGGCUUAGACCAGGACUGGGAGACAGUAUUACUGAAGUCUUCACUAACAUCUACGUGACCAGUUUUGGCCCUGUCUCAGAUACAGAUAUGGAAUAUACAAUAGAUGUUUUCUUUCGACAAAAAUGGAAAGAUGAACGGUUAAAAUUUAAAGGUCCUAUGAACAUCCUUCGACUUAACAAUUUAAUGGCCAGCAAAAUCUGGACUCCAGAUACCUUCUUCCACAAUGGGAAAAAAUCGGUAGCUCAUAAUAUGACAAUGCCAAAUAAGCUUCUUCGAAUCCAGGAUGAUGGGACUCUGCUGUACACAAUGAGGCUUACGGUUCAAGCUGAAUGCCCAAUGCACUUGGAGGAUUUUCCAAUGGAUGCUCACUCAUGUCCUCUGAAAUUUGGCAGCUAUGCAUAUACAACCUCAGAGGUCACUUAUAUUUGGACAUACAAUGCAUCUGAUUCAGUACAAGUUGCUCCUGAUGGCUCCAGGUUAAAUCAAUAUGAUCUGCUGGGCCAAUCAAUUGGGAAGGAGACAAUUAAAUCUAGUACAGGUGAAUAUACUGUAAUGACAGCUCAUUUCCACUUGAAAAGAAAAAUUGGGUAUUUUGUGAUUCAGACAUAUCUGCCUUGCAUCAUGACUGUCAUUCUCUCCCAAGUGUCAUUCUGGCUUAACAGAGAAUCUGUGCCUGCAAGAACUGUGUUUGGAGUAACAACUGUUCUAACGAUGACAACACUAAGCAUCAGUGCUCGGAAUUCUCUCCCCAAAGUGGCUUAUGCAACUGCCAUGGACUGGUUUAUUGCUGUGUGUUAUGCAUUUGUGUUCUCUGCCCUAAUUGAAUUUGCGACUGUUAACUACUUCACCAAAAGAGGAUGGGCUUGGGAUGGGAAGAGUGUAGUAAAUGACAAGUCCCCUUCAAUAAAUGCUGAAGGCAUUACAUUAAUAUACAACUCAGUGAAGGCAAUUCUUCAAGGAGCUAAGCUAAUAUGGUCCAAGUAUAUAGCUUUCUCAUGGCCCAAUUUAAUCCAAGGAAAGACUUUAGAGUACUUAGAGAAGUGGAUGGACUGUAUAACCUUCAAACAAUCUUCUAAAAAAGAAAAAGCCUCUGUCAUGAUACAGAACAAUGCUUAUGCUGUGGCUGUUGCCAAUUACGCCCCAAACCUUUCAAAAGACCCAGUUCUCUCCACCAUCUCCAAGAGUGCAACCACGCCUGAACCCAACAAGAAGCCGGAAAACAAGCCAGCUGAAGCCAAGAAAACCUUCAACAGUGUUAGCAAAAUUGACAGAAUGUCUAGAAUAGUUUUCCCAGUUUUGUUUGGUACAUUUAAUUUAGUUUACUGGGCUACGUAUUUAAACAGAGAACCUGUAUUAGGGGUCAGUCCUUGAAUUUAGACACAGGUUGACUUUGGGAUGUACAGCAACAUUAAACCUGGUUUGUUUUGCCAUGUACAGUCUGACUAAUAACUGCUAAUUUGUGAACCAACGUGUACAGUAUGUAUAUAGCUAUCUAGCUCAUAGACCUCUAAUGGAGACAUGCAUUUGCUAAACUCAUGGAACUGCAGGCAGAAAGCACCCCAUGCCCAAAGAGCCAUUGCCUUUUUUUAAAGAUUUAACCCUAGGAAUUGGUUUAAAGUGGAUUUCAGAUGACCUGAUUUAUUUCCUCUUCUUCUAAUAGCGAUGAAAAUGGAGAUCGUAUGCCACAAUUUCUGGACCCUUUUGAUUUAGGUCUUAAAUAGGAGUAUUUUCUACUGUUGCUUAACUAUAAUGUAAGAUAACAUUGUCUUUCCAAGAUGAAGCCCUCUAAAUAACAGAACUUCAUAUCUGCAACAUCAGUUCCCUUCCUGAGUGCUCAGAAGCCCUGCUAGUAUAAUUGGAAGCUUAGCACACAUCAGAAGAAAAACUAGAGAUUUGAAAUCAGCUUCUAAUUACUCUGUAUAGUAUCUAUAGCCAUGUACAUAUUACAGCAUGACAAAUUCAAAUAAUUAUGAGUCACCCUGACAGGAUAUUCAUUAUGUCUAGAAUUUAAUAACUAUCAGAAUGUCAUGGUCAUCACAUUUUUAGCAUCAGAAUUUAUUUGCAAGUAAUAAUUGAAAUCCUACAGAUUAUUUUAAUCAUUGGAAACUACCUUAAAUUAAAAAAAAAAGGACAAUAAAUAUAUCUUACUCUUUCCAGGUAUGUGUUGCAUUGAAAUUGAUCAGCUAAAUUUUCUUGGUGCUGGAGACUGGAACAAGUAUCCAGUUUGGCUGCUGUGGAGCAAAAUUCAUAUUGGAUUAGAAAAGUGUGCCAAGAACUCCCACUGAUGAGAAUUCAUAGGUGUCACAGAACAUAGACGAGCACUUAUACGAUUCUCUCCUUUCCUGUUUACUGCAAAUUCUGCCUUAAGGCUUCUUUUCAUCAGGACUCAGAAGCCACUCAUUAUAAAGGAAAGGGCAGUUAAUUGGCACAUUUUUCUGUCUUGAAAGCAGCUCUUUCAGAUAAGAAUUAAUGUAAAUCUGCUUUUGUAAAUUGCAACUUUAAAUUCCGCUAACUCAAAUUUACAGCUUUGUAUACCAGAAGAGGUUUUGGUAAGAGUUGAACAUUUUUAACCUGAAACUUUAAAGCAUCACUAACAGAUUGAGGAUUAGUUCACAUGCACAAACACUUCUCUCUCUCUCACACACAAACACACACACACUCACAAGAACACACACACACACACACACACAAUUAGCUAAAUUAGGACACAUACACAAACGUAGCUAAAUUAGAAACCAAAAUUUUCAAUUUUAUAUAAUUACUAAUUAUUAAUGGAUAAAACUCAUUUUUCUUUUAAUAUUUAAAAAAUACUCUCUAUCUCCCUGAAAUAUGUUAAUAGAAGUUAACAAUUGUGUCUUAUGCCUAGAUGCAACAGUUUUGGCAAACUUAAAAUCCUUUCGACUCACAUAUACAUUAGCAGUUAUUAGUUGACUUUUACUAAUAGAUACACCUUUCUGAUGGUGUUUUUGUAGAAACAUAAGUAGUCAAAUAGUGGCAUUUCUUGCAGUUUUGUACAGUAUUUCAGUAUAGUGCAUAAAUAGGUAUGUUCAUAAAAUCAGUAAAAGGAUUAUCCUAUGGAAAUAAGCAAAAUCACAACAAAAACUGCUAUUCCUUUGCCUCAUUUAAAUUUUUUUUUCAUUUUUCUUGUUUCAGUGUGAUUCUAUUAUGUGCUUUGCAUGACUGUAUUAAUACCAAGGUCACAAAUGCAUCUUACGAGCAGAAUUUGCCAUGAAGACAGCUUUGAUAUUAAAAAUUCCCUCACAAAAGGAAAUCCAUAACCCUUAAUAAAAUAAACUUGCAACAUGA